AUGUCCGGCGAACACGAGAACGGCUCUCCCGCCGCCGGCGGUCAAGAUGCCCCCGCCGCCGUUGAGCACCUCAACAUCAAGGUUACGGACAACAACAACGAGGUCUUCUUCAAGAUCAAGCGCUCGACCAAGCUUGAUAAGCUGAUGACGGCUUUCUGCGAGAGACAGGGCAAGGCUGUCAACUCCGUUCGUUUCCUCUUCGAGGGUCAGCGCGUCCAACCUACGGACACUCCGGACACUCUGGAGAUGGCGGACGGGGACACUCUCGAGGUGCACCAGGAGCAGGUCGGCGGUUCUUACUAG